UAAAUAUAUAACUUCAUACGACUCGUUCUAAUCACGUGUGCACGUGAAUUCAUUCAACCAUAUUCGCCGGUGCGGACAGGAACAAGUUUCGAUUUUUAAAGACACGUAAUUCUUGAAAUUUAUCUCCAAAAAACUAUAAUGGCUGAAGGAUCCGGUGAUGACUUGGCCACAGCAAUUCUCCGUAAAAAGGAGAGGCCAAAUCGUUUGCUGGUAGAAGAAGCAAUAAAUGAAGACAAUUCAGUUGUAUCACUUUCACAGAAAAAAAUGGACGAACUUCAGCUUUUCCGUGGUGACACAGUAUUGUUGAAGGGCAAACGUCGGAAAGAGACUGUUUGUAUUGUUCUUUCUGAUGAUACCGUCACAGAUGACAAAAUCAGAAUAAACAGAUGUGUUAGAAAUAAUCUCCGUGUUAGAUUAGGAGAUGUUGUCAGCAUACAAGCAUGUCCAGAUGUUAAAUAUGGCAAGAGAAUCCAUGUGCUGCCUAUUGAUGAUACAGUUGAAGGAUUGACAGGAAACUUGUUUGAUGUGUUCCUGAAGCCAUAUUUCCUGGAAGCCUACAGACCUAUCAAAAAGGGGGACAUAUUUAUUGUGCGCGGAGGCAUGAGAGCCGUAGAGUUCAAAGUAAUAGAAACAGACCCAGCCCCAUACUGCAUAGUCGCUCCAGAUACUGUUAUACACUGUGAGGGAGAGCCAGUCAAAAGAGAGGAAGAAGAGGAAGCUCUGAAUGAAGUAGGCUAUGAUGACAUUGGAGGCUGCAGGAAACAGUUGGCACAAAUCAAAGAGAUGGUGGAACUUCCACUGCGCCAUCCACAGCUCUUCAAGGCCAUUGGUGUGAAGCCUCCACGAGGUAUUCUCUUGUAUGGGCCACCAGGUACGGGUAAAACCUUGAUUGCCAGAGCUGUGGCCAAUGAAACAGGAGCUUUCUUCUUCCUGAUCAAUGGGCCUGAAAUCAUGAGCAAAUUGGCUGGAGAGUCUGAAAGCAAUCUGCGCAAGGCAUUUGAGGAAGCUGAGAAGAACUCCCCUGCAAUCAUAUUCAUUGAUGAACUGGAUGCAAUUGCUCCAAAGCGAGAGAAGACACAUGGUGAGGUGGAGAGAAGAAUCGUAUCUCAGUUGCUCACAUUGAUGGAUGGUUUGAAGCAGCGUGCACAUGUUAUUGUUAUGGCUGCCACAAACAGACCCAACAGUAUUGAUGCUGCUCUUCGACGAUUUGGUCGAUUUGACAGAGAAGUUGAUAUAGGCAUCCCUGAUGCCACAGGCCGUCUUGAAAUCCUCAGAAUCCAUACAAAGAACAUGAAACUGGCUGAUGAUGUAGACCUGGAACAGGUUGCCUCUGAGACCCAUGGUCAUGUGGGUGCGGAUCUGGCAGCUCUCUGCUCGGAGGCCGCCCUACAGCAAAUCCGAGAGAAGAUGGACCUCAUAGAUCUCGAGGAUGAGCAGAUUGAUGCAGAAGUCCUAGACUCUCUUGCUGUUAACAUGGAAGACUUCCGCUGGGCGCUGAGCAAGAGCAACCCAAGUGCCCUGCGCGAGACUGCAGUGGAGAUUCCCAACGUUACAUGGGAGGAUGUUGGAGGGCUGGAGAACGUCAAACGAGAACUCCAGGAACUUGUACAGUAUCCAGUGGAGCAUCCAGAGAAGUUCAUGAAGUUUGGCAUGACCCCAUCCAAGGGUGUUCUGUUUUAUGGGCCACCUGGUUGUGGUAAAACUCUGCUGGCAAAGGCCAUUGCCAAUGAGUGCCAGGCCAACUUUAUCUCAGUAAAGGGACCAGAAAUGUUGACCAUGUGGUUUGGAGAGUCAGAAGCAAAUGUCAGAGAGAUCUUCGAUAAGGCUAGAUCUGCGGCUCCAUGUGUGUUGUUCUUUGAUGAGUUGGACUCAAUUGCAAAAUCCAGAGGUGGAAGUGCUGGGGAUGGAGGUGGUGCUGCUGACCGUGUUAUCAACCAGCUGCUCACAGAGAUGGAUGGCAUGAAUGCAAAGAAAAAUGUCUUCAUUAUUGGUGCAACAAACAGACCAGACAUCAUUGAUCCCGCCAUUUUGCGUCCAGGCCGUCUUGAUCAGCUUAUCUAUAUCCCAUUGCCAGAUGAGAAAUCUCGUAUAGCCAUCCUGAAGGCUAACCUGAAGAAGUCACCAGUCGCUCCGGAUGUUGACCUGAACUACCUGGCCAACGUGACCCAUGGCUUCUCCGGCGCUGACCUCACAGAGAUCUGCCAGCGGGCCUGCAAGCUGGCCAUCAGACAGUCCAUUGAAGCAGAGAUCAGGCAAGAGAAGAUGAGACAGCAAAACCCUGAUGCAGAUAUGGAGGUGGAAGAGUAUGACCCAGUUCCGGAGAUCACUCGUGCUCACUUCGAGGAGGCCAUGAAGUUUGCACGUCGCUCCGUCAGUGACAAUGACAUCCGCAAGUACGAGAUGUUUGCACAAACCCUUCAGCAGAGUCGUGGAUUUGGAGGAAAUUUCAGGUUCCCAGGGGCUGGGGGUGCGCCAGGCCAGGGUGGACAGGGAGGAAACCCAGGUGGUCAGCAGUUUGAAGAUGGUGAUGAUGACCUCUACAGUUAGAUGUUACCUGCUCCACAUGAUGUCCAUAAACUGUUGUUACUGUGUCUCACACACAUGAAAACUUACUGAAGUGUCCAUUGUCUUACAUAAUAUAUUUUUGUGAAAUAUGACUUAUACUGAAAUUGUUCCCGGCUCUGUUACAGAUUUAAGAAUAGAAGUUUUUGCUUGUUUCAUAUCAUAAGUGAAAACAAUAUAAUACUUCAACAGAAACUCCACAUAAAAUGAAACAAGCUUCAUUACAUUGUGAUGAUGUUACAUACUUUUAAUGUCUAGGCAUCUUCCUGUCACAAAUGUGUGUAAACUAUAUGUUUAUUUUUCAUUUUUUGGCAAGAUUCAUUUUACUUUAGGUAUAUUUUGUGUGGAAUUGAUGUUAAAUGAUUUAUAGAAAGAUAGUUUCAACUUGUUCUUUAAGGGGAAAUUCAUCAACAUUUAUUGGUGUAAUGCUUUCUUUUACUUUAAACCGUAAAUAAUGACAGUUAAUAUCAGAGCUAUAAGGUCAUUUAGAAUGUACAAUUAUAUCCAUUGUUGUGUUAUGUGUAUAUUUUGUUCUUUUACUUUAUCCAUAAAAUUGGUGCAUUAAAAAUAUUGCAGAUAGUUGUUAAAUUUCUAUGACACAACUUACAAUAUAAUAACAAAGGCACCAGAUGCAUAUGCAUUUCCUAUCUACUUUACAACAACACAACAAUGAUUAUUUAUUAAUAUAUUUAAGUCAAUUUUCAAUAAAGAUUUAUUCAAAA